GAGGAACUUCGGAGUUUGAUUUUGUUAAUCCUUUAAGCAAAGAGGGUGCUUUUCAAAAUAAACUAAAAGUCUAUAAUCGAAAAGGAAAAUCUUGUCAUAACGAUUUGUUUUUUUUAGAGGGUUAUGAUGCUGAAAAGCAAGAACAUGUAAUCAGCGAUAAAUCUGACAUUAUCCUUA